CGUGCAUAGGACGUUACUAAGACUAAGGAUAUAUAUUUGUGAGUAUCUGCAUAUAAGCAAUUGGCGCUUCUCCUAGCAGAUCUAGGGGCCUCUUUCAUCAGGUUCACAUAGCUCAAUAGAAAGCUGGUUGUGAUCAAAGUAUGCCCGUUCCCGUCGCGAAUAUGACUGCCAAAUCCUCCACAGUGGAGGCACACAGUAAGAAGACGGCAAAAAGUAAUAAGGAUAAGAAAAAGAAAGGUACUACCUUUCUAGAAACAGACUCAAUAGCUGUCGUGGAUGAUGCUGACAGUAUGGAAGUCGACUCAGCGUCCGUAGGGGGAGACGAUGUUGCCACUUCGGACUUUUCAAAUUCUGAUGUGAAAAAGGGUGUUCUCUCAUUCUUCUAUGAUCUUGCAUCAGUCGAUGAUACUGCUCGUGUUAACAGCGCUUGUGGACUUAUUGAUGUUCUGAAGGAAGCGCAGGCAGCACAAACGAGUACAGAGAAUGCAGUAUGUAGUGAUGUUGACUAUUGUCUCAAGCGUCUGAUACGCGGGACAGCUUCUAGUCGACUAGCUGCGAGACAGGGAUUCGUAGUUGCGCUUACUGAGCUUCUAGUCGCGUUCCCCAUGGUAAAGAUCCAAGAUGUUCUGGACUUGAUGGAGAAAAGUCUUGCCGUGACCGGUGGCAUGAAGGGACAGGAAUCUCGUGACAAUAUGUUUGGUCGUGUGUUCGGAUAUUCAGCGCUACUUAGGUCGGGCCGCUGCACUAUGGAGGAGGUACAAGCGAUUGUCGGCUUGACAUCAGCUCUGUCGAACCAGAAGACAUACCUCAAGCCGGCCUGUGCGCUAGUUGUCGUAUCUGCCAUUGAACAGUCACAAUCACGUUCACAGCUGGAAGAGAGAAUCAUGCCCACCAUUGCUCCACUAUUUGCAGAGGAUACUUGGAGUGUGGAAACUCUUUCAUACGCGCUCACUGUACAACGCUUAUAUCCCGAGCUAGAUUACGGGUCGCUGUUCAAAGGAUGGUCCAGCCCAAACCUACUACAUUCAUCAAAUUUCAGUCGCUUGCAAAGUAUAUUAGUACAGUCUACAGAAGUCACGCAAUCUGGCAUACACUUCAUAUGGAGAAUCGUCAUCGAUGAACUUUUGACACAUGAACUUGUCUCGGAAACGAAGAAAAUCGGGUUCGAAUCCUUCUGGGAGGUUGUGGUGGAUCUAGGCCUACUACAGUCUACAUCACACGAUCGCAAAUACGUUGGCCUUCAGCUAUUCAACGAGAUGAUUGUGACUGUUCCAACACAGUGGAUCUCUUGCAUGCUUACGCCCACACUUCUCCGUCUGCUAAUUAACAAUCUAAGCAAGGAAGACGCAUACCUUCAUGGUGCUGCGAUGUGUACGAUCACUGCAAUGCGGAAUGCUGGGGCUUAUGAUAGUUUGAAGGCUGUCAUGUUGGUAUCUGCUUUACAGGGUCCUCAGGGCCAUCGCAACUUUGAUCAAGUCAGUGGAUCGAACUGUGUCGAUACGCUCGUAAAUGGACUCACUACAGACGGAAUCAAUGCGUACUUAGACUUGCUGAUGCAGUCUUUCUUAAAUCCGCCUGAGGCGCCAACCCUGGAAGAGAAAAAUGAUACCGGCGCCCACGCUGCAUACAGACGAAAUCACGAGAAGGAGCACCAUGUGAACGUGUACCGAGAGUGGGUGGUGAAUCAGAUGCUGAGCUUAUGCCGCAAUAGGCGCCUACCGCGAACCGAGCAGUGGGUGAUGCGUGUCGUGAGAUUUACCAUGCUACACACACACUUUGUGGUUUCCGCGGCAUCCGAAUCGUCCACCAAAAAAAGCUCAAGCAAAAAGUCCAAGUUCUUGGAACUGCUGGAGAUCAUGCCUGAGUUGGAAACAAGCGUUGCUGCCCCAGCUGUCUCUCCUGCGUCUCACGAAGCUUGUGGUAAACGGUUGGUCGCGAUGAUGAGUGAGGUCAGUGGCUGGCCUCAUCUGGAUGGAGUACUCGCAGAGCUUGGUACGGAUACACAGGCAAAGGAUAACAAGAAGGGAAAACCGGCAGCCGGGCACAAUAAAUCCACUAUCGGUACGAUGAAGGAUGGCGAGUUCUGGGUUCACCGUCUGAAUGAGGCAACGCUGGCACUGUAUGAGUUUGCCAAGAUUGAUGAGCGCGUGACUAUCGUGAACGAAGAAAAUACCGCCGAAGAAGUGAUUUCCGAGAAGCGUCGCGUGAUGGCCCUAGCGAAGACUGCCCUCGAGAAAGUGCGACAAGUGGAGGCCAAGCACGAGACACGCAAGUCCACUGGCAAGCAAAAACAUGCUAAAGCCUUGGAGUUGUUGUUGCUGCAUUCCUCGCUACUUCUUAUGAGUGGUGAAGGUGAGGCUGUUGAUGUUAUCGAGGAUUUGUCAAAAUGUGUCGAGAAAGAGUUUGGCUCACAAUCUACUGGGCGAACACCUAAUAAGGAGAAUGAUGAUGAAAGAAGUCCAGCUGUGGUUGAAGUUUUGACUGAUUGCCUUCUGUCGCUGCUGGCUAAACCUGCAAGUGUCUUGAGGGUGGUCUGUGUGGACGUAUUCAAGGUUUACUGUGAGGAUCUCACGUCAAAAGGUCUCGAUCUGUUGCUACAAGUGCUGGAAAUCAACCCAGGGCUGGAAAAUGGAGAUAUUUUACAGGCGAACGCUGAUGAACAUAUCGAGGAGGAUAUGAGUGGAAGUGAUAGUGAGAACGACAUGGUAGGGAAGGAUGGUGAAGUGAGAGUUGAUGAGAGCGAGUCCGAGGAAGAGCAAAUUAGUUCGACAGCCAAGCGUGCCAGCAGGGGAAAGAAGGUGGUAACAAAUGCUAGCAAUGUUGAGAAUGACUCUGCAGAUGAUUCAGAAAGUGACUCAAUAAGUGACAGUGACUCAGAUGCUGAUGACAUGGAAUUAGAUGAAGAGCUGAAGAAAAAUGUGAGGGAAGUUUUGGGUGAUGCUGCGCAUGAUGUUGACGCCAGUGGAGAUGAAGCUGAGUUGAGUGACUACGACGACGAGCAAAUGGCCGCUUUCGACGCCAAGCUUGGCGAGGUCUUCAGAGAUAAAAAGAACCAAAAACAAGACAAGAGAUUGAGUUUGCAAGCCAUUACACACUUUAAACUCAGAGUGCUGGAUCUAAUUGAAGUAUUCAUUAGAUCGCAGUCGCAAAAUCCCUUGGUUCUGCGCAUAAUUAUGCCGCUAUUGACUGCUGUGCGUGUGCUUCCCCCUCAGAAGGAGAACAAUGUACUCAAACAGCGACUGGAGGGUGUAAUACUCAAUAAGCUGUGUAAGCUGAAAGAAUGUCCACGUGCCCCUGCUCUGGAUUCGAAUUUGCCCCACGAGGUGCUGGAUCAGUUAUUUACUUUUGCCAGAGAGUCGGCGGAUAGACGGUUCAUGCAAUUAGUUACAGCAAGUGUGCUGUUGUGUCUGCGAGUCCUCAUUGGCGCUAAUGGUGGCAGGACCGGACCAUCACCACGAAAGACCAGAUCCGCGCUCAAGCGUACUGCUGAUCAAGCCAACGCCCUAACAGAGACAUCAGUAACCCCUAGCAUCGGCGCACUUGAUGUGGAACGUGUAGCAACCUUGUAUAGGGGGGCUUUGUUUGAUUAUCUUACCGAGAAACACACAAAACUGAAUUUGAAAUUUUUCACUGAGCCUCUAACGAGAUAUCAGGCUCUGUUGGAUCCUAUGAUGCAAGCACUUGCGAGUAUCUUGGAUUCUGUUAAGCGAGAUUAUCCUCGUACCCAAGCUUUCCAGAUUAUGGAAUGUAUAACUAAGGUGGCAGUAUCCCACCACCAAGAUUCAAGCACGCGUGCUGUACCUAAGCUCUUUCAGCCCUACAUAGAGUCAACACUUACUGUUAUGGCACCCUCUGAUAUCCAAGUUGAAAUUGGGAAAGAAGUGACGGCAAGUACUGACGAAGACGUCAGUGAGAAGGCUGUUCCGGCGGUAAAGGGCAAGCACAUCAAAGCUUGUGUUAAAUCAACCGCAAAUAUGUAUAACUCAACCAAGAACUUUGAUGGACAGAAAGGAGUCUUCGCCGAUUCCCUACUUGAAUGCUUAGAAACCUUGGCAAAGAACAACACUUUGGCAGAAUUGACACCUUCAGUCAGGACAAUGUGUAAAAGGGUCGCGAUGCAGAUGAGAACGAAAGCGACUGGUGCAAAAUCCGAACCCACGAAAGCGAGCAGUAAGCGGAGACGAAAAGCUGAUUAGUAUGUCACAGAAAUAUAUAUCGACUUUAAAAUUAGGUUGAGAUUUUUUUUCUUCAAAAUAAAUAUAAAAAUGUAAGAUCUGUA